AUGAUUAGUGAUAGUGAGAAUGAUAAUGGCAGUGACGAAAGACAGGAAGAAAUGCUACAAGUAGGAUUGGGAGGGGUGUCCAAUAACAGUAAGCAAAAUGAAUAUCACGGACCUCCCAAACUUUUCAAAAUUUAUCCAGUCAUUCAGCACCUAAAUAACAAGUUUCAAAAUUUGUAUCUUCCAUCCCAGAACAUUGCGAUAGACGAGUCCUUGACUCUAUGGAAAGGUCGUUUGUCUUUCAAACAAUACAUACCCCUCAAGGCUGAUAAAUUUGGCAUAAAAACUUUUGAACUAUGCGAGUCUAGCUCUGGCUAUGUGUGGUCUUUUCUCGUGUAUACUGGAAAAGACAUGGAACUGACGAAUCAGUUUGUGACUGCAGAAACAAACAAAACUGCAGCAAUUGUAGUCACACUGCUAGGACCCCUUCUUGGUCGUGGACACACAGUGUGGAUGGACAAUUUUUAUAAUUCACCGGAUUUGGCACGUUUUAUGUUUAUGUUUACAGACUGUGUUGGAACUUUACGUGCCAAUAGGAAGAAUGUCCCUCCUGCAGUGAAGAGUAAGAAAUUGAAGAAAGGAGAGCACUGUGGUCUACACUCUGGCGAUGUGGCAGUUCUCACGUGGCAAGACAAGAAGCGAGUCACAAUGAUAUCAACUUAUCACAAGGAUCAUAUGUGUGUGACUCAAAACAAAGCCAACCGAGUACAGAUCAAGCCUGUGGUUGUUCGUGACUACAACAAGCACAUGCUAGGAGUUGAUCUGAAAGAUCAGAUGCUCCAGCUGUACUUGCUGGAACGAAAACGAGGAACAAAGUGGUACAUGACAUUGUUCAAAAGAUUACUGAAUGUAGCAAUACAUAACGCAAUUGUCAUGUACCGGUCUGUUCCAAAUACCAAGAAAAUAGACACCCUGAAAUUUAGAAUUCUUCUCGCCCAAGGUCUCGUAGAGAAACACGGUCCUGCUGUUCCACGUCCUGUAACCGGCCAUCCAUCACUUGAGCCCCCACCUAAGAGACUCUCAGAAAGACAUUUCCCGGAACGUAUUCCACCCACUGGAAAGAAGGCUAGACCUCAAAGAAAGUGUGUG